AUGGCUGUCUCAGGACUUCGGCAGACAAUUGUAUUAGGGCUGCUUGUCUUAAUCCUGACCUGCCAUGCAGAGGACAAACCUAGUGAUAAUUCAGAAGACAAACACGAUGACAAACCAGAUGACUCAGGAAAAGAGACAGACUUCCCCAAAUUCCUAAGUAUCUUGGGCACAGAAAUCAUUGAAAAUGCAUUUGACUUCAUCUUACGAUCCAUGCGUGGGGGAUCCUAA